GCUAAGUUGAAUCGAGAUUUUCAUGUCCGUUCAAUGUCUCAUCGUGAAUCAAGAAAUUAUUUUGAUGAAUUGUUUGCGGUGUAGAAGUGGUUUCUGUUAGAGGAGCUCAGCACGGUUUAGCACAAGCGAUUUUGUAGGUUCCCUCAGACAUGUAAUGGUAGAUGUUGGAAGGACAAACCUUUGGAUUGGGAGCCAGACACCUUGCUAUAUUGUUCACUGUGCAUGUGGUUCCUUUUGUUGUGAAGAUCAUGCUAUAGUGUACGGUUUUGAUAUAUUAAUCCGUAGUCUGAACCCCCAGCUUAUCGUUCGAUGAAGGGGACUGGGGUAUCAGAUGCUUGCUGCUAGAAACUUUUUUGUCAAACGGGACGGUUUAAGCAAUGGCACUGUUUGGUGCCUAAAUAAUCAUGAAAACGGUCAUUUCGUUGUUGCUGAUAACCCCUUGCCAAAGAGAUUCUCUAAUCGCCUUGUAUACACCAAAUACUUUAUGGGUGGUAAGUUCCUUUCUUCACAGGCAAGGCCAGUGGCGAAUGGAGAUGAAGAAGGCCAAGAUGAUACAUUCUCAAAGCUUGAGACUCCUGAGAAUGUGGAGGGUAAUAAAAGUGAGGCCCCGGAGGAGGUUGACUAUUUGGUGUCUGAGCCUGAGCUAUCAGAAGAAGAUGAUUCAGCUGAGGACUUGACCAGGGAACAUGCAGAAAUUGACACCUCGGAUUCUGAAGUUGGUUUUAGUGCCAAAGUGAAGGACUUCCAGGAGAAGACUAGUUCCUCAUUGAGUCAGGUUAUCAUUCAGACUCUGCCUCAAUCUGUUGAGGAUGCAAUUGAUAAUUGGGUUGAAGGAGGUAAUGCUGUGACCCGAGAUAUUGUUUCAAUAGUCAUGGCUACUCUUCGCAGUCAUAAAUUUUAUGAAAAGGCUUUGCAGCUUUCAGAAUGGUUGGAAGCAAGUGGUAGCCUACCUUUCACUGACCGAGACUAUGCUUCGCGUCUAGAUUUGGUUGCCAAAGUUCGUGGCAUUCAUGCUGCUGAACUUUGCCUUGAAAAAUUCCCACCAAAUAUGCAAACUGAAUUGGUUUACAGGACUCUCUUGGCCAACUACACUAGCAUGCAAAUGUUAAGCAAAGCAGAGGCGUUGUUUAAAUUAAUGAAGAAGAAAGGCUUCUCGCUGACUGCAUUUUCAUGUAACCAACUGCUUGCACUGUACAAAAUACUUGACAGAAAGAAAUUUGCAGAUGUUCUACUGCUGAUGGAGAAUGAAAAUGUUGAGCCAACAGGCUUCACUUAUAAGAUCUUGAUUGAUGCAAAAGGUAGAGUUGGUGAUUAUGAGGGGAUGGAACAAGUUGUAGAGAAAAUGAAAUCUGACGGGAUAGUUCCUGAUGGAUAUACCCAAUAUCUGAUAGCUAGCUACUACAUCAAAGGCAGGUUUUAUGAGAAGGUAGAUGCAGUCUUAAAGGAAAUGGAAGGAGAUCCAUCAAAGGUUAAACGUAGUGCUUGCAUAGGUUUACUUUCUCUCUACGCUGCCCUUGGCAGAGCUGAUGAUGUUAGCCGAAUCUGGAAACUCUGUGAGCGAAAUCCACGACAUGCUGAGUUUAUAUUUGCCAUUGAAGCAUGGGGAAAGCUGGGUAAGAUAGAGAAUGCAGAGGCAGUGUUUCAAAAGAGGAUUGACUGUGGAGGGAAGCUGCCCCAGAGAAUCUGCACCGCGUUACUUAAGGUUUAUACAAACCACAAGCUGCAUGAUAAGGCCAAACAUUUGGUGAAGCGCAUGUUGGAAGAGGGUGGCAGGCUGAGGCCCUUGACGCUGGACACAAUUGUGAAGCUUUAUUUGCAAUCGGGUGAGGUGCGGAGGGCUGACUCUAUCCUCCAGAUGGCUCUGCAGCAGCAACACCAUGCAAUGCCCAAGUACGUCACUUAUUUGGCCAUCUUAGAUAGAUACGCAGAGGAGGGCGAUAUUCACAAUGCCGAGAAAAUCUUCGAGCAGUUCAGACAGGCCGGAUACAGCAGGAAGGUUGGUACGUAUCGGCGGCUACUCUUUGCAUAUAUAAAUGCAAAGCAACCUGCAUAUGGAUUCGCAGAAAGACUGAAGGCAGACAAUAUACUUCUACAGGGAACAAUGGCAUCUCAGCUGGCGCAGCUUAACAGUUGCAACAAGAUUGCGGUAGCAGGAUUGCUGGAAUGAUGAAUGUAGGAUCAGCGUUUUAAGGCAGUUUCAUUCUUGUUCUUAUUAUUGAUGUUUGAAUGCCUUCUCUUUUUCUUGUUUUCCAUUGUAAUUGUGAGUGCGUCGUGAUUGUGAGAACACAACGCAUUUUCCCAUUGGAAAGGCCGAUUUUAGAGGUCUAUUAAGUUUUGCUUGCCAUAAA